AUGGGCAAAAAAUCAACUACCAGCAAGAGAUCUAAGAAAGCAAAAGCUGCAGAAAAGCUAAACCUCACAAAAGCUGAAAUUCUUCGAAAUGAUCAACAUGCACUUCGAGCUUGCAUCUUAUUUGAAUAUCUUCAGAAGAAACCUCUUGAAAUCGCAUAUAACAGUUUUUGCGGAAUUCUUGAAAAUGAUAUCAUUAUGAAAAAGAUAUUUGAUUACUGGUUUCAACGAUUUGAAAUUGGAAAAGUGAAUUUGACAGAGACUAUAAAAUUCAGAUUUCAAAAGGUGAAGUCAACUUCCUUAUGUGAUAUGCCAGCGGAGGUUAUUGAUGAGAUUACAAGCAAGUUAGAAAGUUUUUAUAGAUUCUCUGUUCGAAAAGUUAAUCAGAAGCUGCGCGCUUCAAUUGAUAACCAGGACUAUGGAAUCAAAACAGUUGGCUACAACGUGUCAGGAAAUGAAGCAAGCUUAGAGUUAGACAACUACCUGGUGAAAUAUAAUCUAAUCAAAGGAUUUUGUCAAUUGCGUUUCGGAAGAUCUCCUGACGCAAAUUCUCUUCACAGAAAGAUUGACAAAGCAUCCCCAAUUGAACUUAUUCUUCUCGAUCUUGCCAGCUUUUUGAUGAACACAAAAGUCAAACUGCAAAAACUUAUUGUCAAUAUCACCGUGAAAGGAAAAUCUCGCCAAAAACAUUUUGAUGCACUUGAAACCGUUUUGAAAUUGAUGAAGUGCCAUGUUUCAGGCGUUGAGUUUUCAAAUUGUUCUUUCAGUGAAGCGGCUCCCCUUUUGGCAUGCUUCAAAGUUGAAGAGCUUGUACACUUGAGUUUUGGCAACAUUGAAAAGCUAUCCGGUAAACUAUUUCAAUUGGAACAGUGGAAGCAGGCAAAGUCACUUACAAUUCAAGGGAUCGUGUCGCUGGAACAUCUUUCGGCAAAUCAGCUUGUCCAGUUUCACUUGAUCGAAAUAACAAUAAAUAGUUUUACCAAGAAAGAAGCAGUAAUAAUCAUGCAGAUUGUGCAACAAUCAAAAAACUUUGAGCAUGCACGAAUUACUGUGCACCAAUUCAACAUACGUAAAGCUGAGAAACACUUCGAAAACUACAAAAACGAUAUUCCGGCUAUCCUUCAAUUCGAUGAACACGGGAUCACAAUUGAAGCUAAAAAUGUUCAGCGAACAGUGUUCAAGCCUAAAGACUCAAACUAUCACAAAUUUCACAUUUCAAGUUUCACACCGUCUUUUCCAAAUCUAGAAACUCCAUAUACAAUAACAGAUUUCAAGAUGAGAAAAUGAAAAAUCUUGCCGCUGUGCUGAAAGCUGACAACCAUGCUCUACGAGCAUGUAUCCUCUAUGAUUAUUUGGAAGGUGGACCAGUAGAAGAAGCGUAUGAAGUUUUCUGCGAGACAGUCGGUCAAAAUUCGAUGGGUUAUCGCGAGUUCAAGUUUUGGAGCCAAGAAGUUGCACAGGGAACUUUUGAGCUAGAAUCUUGUCUUUGUUCUGAUGUUGGUUCACAUUUAAGAUUUCCGCAAAGAGUCAUCAACAUGAUUUUGAGCAAAGCUCGACCAGUUGACAGGUUCGUAUUGUGGAAAGUGUCUGGACGAUUCCAAUCCAACAUUCUUACUGACGUUCAAAAUUUCCGUGUUGUCAUUCACAAUCGUUCUGUCAGGCUUGAAAUGGACCAGGAUUGCGUUAAAUAUACGGAUGAAGAAAUCGCUAAAAGUGACGCAAAUGUGAAAAUCAAAAAAGAGAAGUCCAAUACCUGGCAGAUUUCGGGCGGCAAUCUCGCUAUGACACUAAACGACUUGAAAAUAAUGUUGGAAGGCUCUGAACUUGAGUUCAGCACAUUCAAACUCGAGGUCGAUCAGUUUCAACCGUUCAUAUUUGAUUUUAACGAUUAUAUGAAAGAGGGGAAGAAUAUGCCGCGUUGGAAAAUUGUGAAGAACGCAUUUGAUUCAAUGAACUGUGUACCAGCGAAUUGUGUGGAUGGAUACAAGUUUGAAGGUGUUAUUCCAAUUGUACCAUGUCCAGAGUAG